AUGCAACCUCCAGAGCAGCCUUCAAGUUCCGCACCGGCGUCUAGUGCUGCUGUGAGGCGGCUGCGGAAAGACUUGGAAGCCUUGCAAGCCUCCGGCAACCCUCAGCUUCUGGUGCGUCCCUCGGAGGAGAGUCUAUUGGAAUGGCACUUUGUUCUUCAUUCCCUUCCAAAUGAUACUCCAUACAGCCAGGGCUGCUACCAUGGCAAGAUUCUUUUUCCAAGCACCUACCCACACGCUCCACCUGCGAUCAUCAUGAUCACUCCAAGUGGGAGACUCGAGACGGGGAAGCGGCUAUGUCUAAGCAUGACGGACUUCCAUCCAGAGAGUUGGAACCCGGCUUGGUCGGUAGAGACUAUCCUCGUGGGUCUUCUGUCUUUCUUUAUCUCCAGCGAGAAGGGCUACGGGGCGGUACAGGCGCCAGAAGAACAACGCCGCAAGCUUGCCGCUGAGUCCUGGCAAGUGAACGCUGUCUCCUCCACCUUUACAGCCCUUUUCCCAGAGUUUCAAGAGAAACCCGCAGUCUCGGUGUCGGCACCCGAGGGGCCCCAGGUCGGGGAGGCCGAACAGAACUCUCAGGCCGAGGCGAGUUCUCGAGAUCUGGAAGCUGCAGUACCAGACUCUGAUGAGCCUACGGAAUGCUGGAUUUGUCGUGACACCACGGAUGAGCCUUUGAUUCAGCCAUGCCUUUGCCGUGGUUCUAUGAGUGGUGUUCAUGCCAGCUGCGUCGAAGAGUGGAUUCGACACCAUCGUCGGACUGCCACCAACGAUGCACCUCCAAUGUGCUCUGUCUGUCACCAGCCAUAUCAUGGCUCCGAAAGGAUACCAGGCGUGCGAGACUUCGUCAGACACAAGUGCCGCGAUUUCGGAACGCAGUGCUGCAGAACGCUGUUGCUGGUGCUUCUGCUCAUGACGUACCAGGUGAGUGCUUUGAACAGCAGCAGCUUGCAUUUGUCACUGCCCCUGCGCAUCCUGGGCAUCUCUGCAUUCGCCGUCCUGGCUAUCUACCGAUUGAUGGUGCUGUUGGUUUCGCUGCCUCCGUAUCGCUUGCCGCCGGAGAAUCGCUUCCUGCUGCGAUUUUUCAUCUCCGAGCCGAAGCUGCUCGCCUUGCACAUCGCUGAGGCUGCUGCCACCAUCACAGUGAUGGCUUUCUGGUGCAUCUCCGGAUUCAUGUCUUGGAUAUACUUUGCUCCUUUCGCUGGUGCUACGCUGAUACUCAUGGCCAAGUUGUUCUGCAGGCAGCCUUCUGCCGACUGCGUGGGCCGUUUCGGGCGAAUUCUGCUUUGUAUUUUGGUGUCACCCGUCGUACUUGUUGGGGCCGUCGUUAUGCUGAUCAGGAAGUAUCCGCACAUGGUGUUCCAUCCUCUCGGUCCGGGGCCGCACCUGCUCGUGGCCAUCGCAGUGGUUCCCAUGGCCUUGACUCUUCAGUCCAACCUACCUCUGCUGAUUUUGUGGGGGACCCACAGUCUUGGGCUGACGCUGGGCCUGGUAGAGCUCUUCGCCAUUAAGCGUUUUCGCUGGAAGCGUGGUGUGGCUUGGGGCUUUGUGGUGCAGGCCACUCUGCUUGCUUGCUAUCUGAGCAACAUCUGCGUCUUUCCGGCAGGGCUCGGAGACGCUCUGCAAUCCACCUGGAUCGUUGCAGGCAGUUCGGUGACAUGGAUGCUGCUGUUGCUGGGUCUCUGCCUCAAGAUAAACUGGGAGCUCUGUCUGCAGUACUACCGAACGUGGCAGCGUCGCCAUGGCAGCUUCACGCUAAACAUGCCCGCUGAAGGAGCCACCCAGUGA